AAAAAAAAAAAACAUCCAUACUUAUGGAGACAUUUUAUAUAAUUUUUUCCAUCAUUGCCAUUAUAUGGAUUAGCAAAGCUACCUUAGGAAAAACCAGAAAUUUACCACCAAUGCCCUUCCCAUGCUUACCCAUAUUGGGGCAUCUUUACCUAGUUAGAAGCCCUCUCUACCGAGCCUUAGGUAAACUCUCCGCCCGUCAUGGUCCGAUGCUCAUGCUUCAGUUCGGCACCCGUCGGGCUUUCUUAGUUUCUUCCCCGGAGGCGGUGGAGGAAUGCCUCACCACCAACGACGUUGCUUUUGCCAACCGACCCCUUCUGCUUGCCGGAAAACACCUUGGGUAUGACUACACCACCCUUGCUUGGUCAAGCUAUGGUAGUCACUGGCGUAACCUCCGCCGUAUCGCCUCCCUUGAGCUUUUGUCAGCUCACCGGCUACAAACCCUUAACGAGAUUCGUGCGGAGGAGGUGCGGCUCAUGGCUAAGAAGGUGUACCAGAAGGCGGUAAGGGAUGGAACGGUGGAGAUGAAGUCGGUGUUUUUUGAGCUUAUGUUGAAUGUGAUGAUGAUGAUGAUUGCAGGGAAGAGGUAUUAUGGUGAUUCGGUGGCAGACGUGGAGGAGGGACGGCGGUUUAAGGAGAUUGUGAAGGAGACGUUUGUGGUGAUGGAGACGACGAAUGUGUCGGACUAUUUGCCGUGGUGGAAGUGGGUGGGAGGGAGACGGUUGGAGAAGAAAAUGGUGGCUUUAAAGGAAAAGAGAAAUGGGUUUAUGCAAGGUUUGUUAGAAGAGCUGAGAAGAAAAAUGGCGGUGGUGGCGGAGGGUGGUAGAUCGGAAGAGAAGAAGAGUUUGAUUGAAGUUCUCUUGAUUUUGCAAGAAACAGAACCUGAAAAUUAUAAGGAUGAAGUCAUUAAAGGAUUAAUGCAGGUACUACUGUCAGCAGGAACCGAUACCUCGAGUGGAGCAAUGGAAUGGAUGCUAUCGCUUUUGUUAAACAACCCCGAAACCCUAAAGAAAGCUCAGACUGAGAUCGACAAGUGUGUUGGGGAAGAUCGUCUUGUUAACGAAUCAGACAUAUCAAACCUUCCUUAUCUUCGUUGCAUUAUGAACGAAACCAUGCGAAUGUACCCACCUGGUCCACUCGUGUUCCAUGAAUCUGCAACGGAUUGUACAGUCGGUGGGUAUCACAUCCCAAGUGGUACAAUGUUGUUGAUGAACUUGUGGGCGAUGCAAAACGACCCAAAGAACUGGGAAAACCCUAAGAAGUUUAAACCAGAGAGAUUUGAAGGGUUAGAAGGUUCGAAAGAUGGGUAUAAGCUAAUGCCCUUUGGGUCAGGAAGGAGGAGGUGUCCUGCAGAAAACUUAGCAUUGCGUAUGGUGGGAUUGGCAUUGGGGUACGCUUAUUCAGUGCUUUGAGUGGGAAAGAACAAGCAAUGAGAUGAUUGAUAUGACAGAAGGAAAGGGGUUGACCAUGCCAAGAGCUAAACCCUUGGUGGCAAAGUGUCAGCCUCGUGAAAAGAUGGCAAAACUGCUAUCUCAGAUUUGAAGAAAAUAACGAUUGAUCAAUGCACAUUCUAGUGGAAUUCUUUGUUAAUUGGGUUAAUCGUUUAUUUAUCGGGUACGGGUGUCGAUCACAGUUCGGUAGUUAAGGGUCCCGGGUCAAUUUUCUGAUGAAGUUUACGUUAGCAUAUCCACAAAUAAUAAACAAGCAAAAUAAGAAAGUUUAACAUGUUCAUAAGGGAGACCGAUUCUUGUGGGGUUUCAUGCCAUAUCUUCUUGACUUUAGGAGUAAGUUUGGAAACGUGAUAUAUUUUCUGAGUAGUAGU